GCAGCAGCCCCUCCAGCUCCCCGGUGGAGUCGCCCCCCUCAUGUUCCCCCGCCAGCUCGCCCCUUACCGCCCACGCCACGCCCAUGCUUGCCCCGGCGCCCUUCCCGCCGCCCGCCCUCUCCAUGCACCACCAUCACCAGUUAGGAGGAGGUCUGCUGGGGGGCCGCCUAUCGCCCACUAGGGGGGUCGCUGUCCCUCCACCAUGUCCAACGCCGUGUGUGUGUCCUCCGCCAUCAGCUGCGUGUCCAUGGGCGGCGGCAGCAUCGGCACCGUCAGCGUAGCCAACAACAUGGGCGUGGGCGGCCUGGGCGUGGGCGGGGGCGGCAGCAGGCGUGUGUCCCCGGGCCUCACCUGCCUGGUCUGCGGGGACACCUCGUCAGGCAAACACUACGGCAUCCUGGCCUGCAACGGUUGCUCGGGUUUCUUCAAGAGGUCCGUCAGGCGUAAGCUUAUCUACAGAUGCCAGGCGGGCACGGGCACCUGCGUGGUGGACAAGGCUCACAGGAACCAGUGUCAAGCGUGCCGCCUCAAAAAGUGCCUGCAGAUGGGCAUGAACAAGGACGCUGUGCAGAACGAGCGGCAGCCUCGCAACACAGCCACCAUCCGCCCCGAAGCCUUCGCGGACAUGGACCAGGAGAGGCUACUGCGGGAGGCGGCCGUGGCGGUGGGCGUGUUCACGCCGCCCAUCCCCAUCCCGGGCCUCGUGUCCGCCGCCAUGGGUGGAUCGCGGGGGUUCCUGGCCCCACCGUCCGUCACCACCACGCCCUUCACCCCCACGCAUCCCCACCACGCCCUGGCCUCCAUCACCUCCACCCCUGCACCGCCGCCGCCGCCCAUCUCCUCCGCCAACUCGUCAUCCUCAUCAUCUUCGUCCUCGUCCUCGUCCUCCUCGUCCGCCAACAACACCACUGUCUCCUCCAACAGCAGCACCAUCAACAACAACAACAACCCAGCCACCAUCAACCACAUGUCCACCGUGGCCAACGGGGGCAGCGCGGCGGGGCUUCUCGGCCUGAGUCGCCCCCACACCCCCUCCAAAGACGACCACGACUCCGGUCUCCGGAAUGUUGAGUCCCCGGUGGACGUGACGGGCGGCGGCAGCGACGAGGCGGCGGGAGGAGGACACGUGGGAUCGCACCUGCCUCCUGUGUCAUCCUCGUCGUCGUCGUCAGGCACCUCGUACGUGGAGACGGCUCCUCUGUGGGACCCGCUGCAGGAGUCGGUACAGGAGACGGCCGCCAGACUGCUCUUCAUGGCCGUCAAAUGGGCCAAGAACCUUCCCUCCUUCAGCAGCCUGCCCUUCCGAGACCAGGUGGUGCUGCUGGAGGAGGUGUGGUCGGAACUGUUUGUCCUGAACGCGGUGCAGUGGUCCCUCCCGCUGCCCACCUGCCCGCUCCUCACACCUUCCGCGCACGCCCACGCCCUGGCACACGCCCACAAGGCCGCCCAAGCCGCCCACGAUAUCAGGCAGCUGUCGGAGGUGGCGGGCGCCUUCCGGGACCUGGCGGUGGACCCAGCUGAGUUCGCUUACCUGAAGGCCAUCGUACUCUUCCGCCCAGUGCGUGGCCUAAAGGACGCGGCGCAGGUGGAGUCCCUACAAGACCAGGCGCAGGUAAUGCUGAGCCAACACGUGAGGGCGCACUACCCGGCACGCCCCGCCCGCUUCGGCCGUCUGCUGCUGCUCCUGGCCUCCCUGCGCGCCCCGCCACCGCCCCGCGUGCAGGCGCUCUUCUUCACCGCCACCAUCGGCAACACGCCCAUGGAAAAGAUACUCUGCGACAUGUACAAGAGCUGAGCGUCGCGUCUCUCCCAUUAUUUGUUAUUAUUAUUAUUAUUAUUAUUAUUAUUAUUAUUAUUAUUAUUAUUAUUAUUAUGCGUAUGGUUAUGAAUGUAUAUGUAUUUUUGUGUGUAUAUAUAUAGACUAUAUCAGUUAGUUUAUAGGUUAUUUGUAUGCGUACAUUUAUUUAUGUGUGCGUGUGUGUGUGCGUCCGUGUGAGUGUGUGUGCAGUAUUCAAGACGAGGCGAGGUCGUCACUCUCUCAAUAAGUUUUCAGUUACACCACUAGUCAUCACUAUAGUUAAAGGGAAGCUUUAUCUAUUGUUUCCUUUAUUUACGUACCUAGUAACCUAUUUACUUAUUUACUUAUUUACUUAUCUAUUUAUUUAUGUAUUUAUUUAUCUAAUAAUUAAACAAUUACACGUGCAUUCCAAUACGAGUAGUUAAUGUAAAUCACUGUAUUUUAUUAAUUGAAGCUUGGACAGAAGGGAGGAAACACGGGAGGAGGAUGGAAGAGGGAAUGGGGAAGGAGAGGGAGUGAAGUGAAGAGGAGAGGUGAGGGAAGAGGAGGAGGGGAAAGGGAGAAGAGAUGCCUGAUGAUUUUAACUGAACAAAACACUUUAUGAUCAGCAAAUAGUGAUAAGGUAAAGAUAAGCUAUUUUAAAAGUUUGGUGUGUUACUCGUAUGUGCUGUUGCCUCGUUUUUUUUUUUUUUCUCUCUUUUUUUUUUUUGCUCAGUGUAAGGGUUAAUCAUGAACGCCAAUCAGAAAUAAACAAAACUUCAGAAGAAAUUAGCACAGACUGACAUACGACGUAGCUGUAAAAGUAAAUAUGCCAGAGAGGAAAAAAAAUAACGGAUCCAUAUUUUCACGAACAGUUUGUUGAUUAUUUCCUUAGAAAACCGAGUCACUCACAGGGAAACACAGGUACACGUGCGCUGGUUACCAAAAGUAUGUAAGAUUUCAUUCAUUCAUGCAAUAUACUCUGAAUUGCUGGAUGUUGUUUAAUGGUGGUGGUGGUGGUGGAUUAGUGAUGGUGGUUGUGAUGGUAGAGGUGAUGGUAGUGGUGGCGGCAAAGUGGUGGUUGUGGUGGUGCUGAUUAUGGUGGUGAUGGUGAUAUAUGAUUUACGCACAUAACUGAAAGAUUUUGGUUCAAGAAGAGAUGGGAAGGAGCUGAUUCUCAAAUAGAGUGGUAGAUGAAUGGAACGGACUCAGUAAUUAGGUGCUGAGUCAUUAGAAAGCUUUAAAAUAUCAGACAAAUUUAUGGGUGGGGACGAUAGGUAGUAAUAGGUAGGUCUGUUUCAUACAGGACUGCCACGUGUAGGCCUGAUGGCUUCUUACAGCUUCCCUUAUUUUCUUAUGUUCUUAUGCUCCAAGAAAAUCAUACUAAGUAGAGAGAGAGAGAGAGAGAGAGAGAGAGAGAGAGAGAGAGAGAGAGAGGAGGGGGGACUAGAAGACAAAGUAAAAUGACUCGAUAUAAUCUCGCCCAGUCUCAUGUCAGUGUUGUCUGAAUUUCACCAAAACCACGCUUGAGACUUGAUAGAUACUUACUUUACUCAGUGAAUAGGGAAGCAUUGAUGAGGGGCAGGCGAUUCGUGAUGAAUCGUACACCACAUUGUCAGACGUUUCGGUGUCUUACCUCGAUAACCCACAAGUUGUAUAAUGAAGGUUACUGUGGCUUUUCAAGGACGUUUACAUGAUCCUAGUGACAGUUUAACAGGGAUCCUGCAUUAUUAAGAGGAGAAAUACUCAUGAAAACCUUACUGAUAAUUUCAGUGCCCUUUUAAAGUAGUCCCUAUGAGAGAACGAAGCGUUUUAAAAUUCACAUUUUGGAGUUGAAGUCAUUACAAGUCCAGUUUUUUCUCUUACCUCGACUAUUUUCAAAGGCCGGCGAUGAUUUGCUGGGUUAUCAAGAGUGCUUCUCCUGUUUAUAAUGUAGGAAUUAUAAAUCGUGACACUAGAACUGUAAAAACACCUUCAACUACAACCUUUUAAAAGUAUUUGUGGUGCGGCGCAGAAGGAUUUCAGAAUAAGGACCUAAAACGCAUGCGCAGGAUGAUGACGUCACGAGGAGGAACACUAGGAGUCAUGGCGACAAGGGGUAGGGUAGAGAGAAGGUCGCUCUCAGUAGUGUUUAUCUGAUAAUCGAUAUUUCGUUUAAUAUUUUCAAGUAAAAGAGAUGAAGAGGCAUUUGAGAUGAAGAGGAACUGUAAUCAGCGUAUCUUCAAUAUGACUCCUGUUCCUGGACCUUCCCUUGGCUGUGGAUACUACGCCACCAGACCAGCCCGCCACGCAGCCUCGAGAUCUGUACCUGGAGGAAAGGAACUGAGAAAACAAGGAGGGGAGAGGUUUGGGGAAAAUGUAAAAAUGGCUGACUCCCUGAGGUGUGCUGAGAGGAUGAGCGGCUGCAGCAGUCACCCCCUCAGUGGUGCGCCGGUACCUAUUCAACACCUCAGACCGCGGGGCUCCACAUCCUGCAUGCUGCUUUUUUUUUUUUUUCACCGUUUUACUACUGCCUUGGCUCAUGGGAAUGAGUGUGCCGUGUUUCCUCUUCAUUCAGUCUUAUUUGCUCCAUUGCUCCAGGCAUUCCAGGAGCAAUUUCAGGUUAUAUGAGCAAAAAAUUAUACUGCACCACCACAGACACUCACCUUGGUGGAGUCCGGUGAGUGGAGUCCGGGUAGGUGACGCCAAGAGGACGGGGCAGGAACAAUGACGACGGACGGACUCUGCAACAGGAACCACCGCCACUGGAUGCUGCACAGAGGAGCGGACAGAGAAAUGACAAGGUUUCUUAAUUUUGCAGCUAAUUUUUUCCGUAAUAAUUCAUCCCCUCCCGAAAUACAGUGUAAACUAAUUUGUGCAGUUUCUCAACAUUGUUAAUCAUAAUAAACAACUAUUUCACCUAAAUUUCUA